AAGUGCUAUGACCUGGAAAGCUACAGCAUUCAAAAGUGGAGAUACAACUACUAUAACAUAAGAAAACUGAAGAAGUUGUUUCCGCUUUAGGUCUGCUACUUGUCUUUCAACCUGACCAGGCCUCUAUAGGAAAGUUGAAGUCUCAUUUGGAGCUGUUUCAGGGUUUGUUUUGGGAAUAUGCUCAGCAGCAAGUUUGUUUUAAGAAGGUCGCUGGUUCGCAGUUCCUCAUGGGAUUGAGCGAGUUUCUUUCUGGUGCCUUCCAAACCUUACAUGUGGGCUUGGGAUUUAUAGGGUUAAAGGGAGGUGCUUGGGAAAUCUGAUGCUAAAGAAGUCUUAGGAAUGUUACACAUGUUACACAUCCCCCUGCCAGCCUUUCCCAGCAGAUCGGUCACACCGGGGCUGCUGCAAGGGGAAACUUGACUCUCCCAUCCUUUUAUCACUGCCUGGACCCUGCAGACUCUCAACUUCUAAGAGAACCUUUCCCAGCUGUUCCCUCUGCUCCUUUCCUCAGGUGCCCACCAUGCGGGAGGUGCGGCGGGGCUGGCCCGGGGGCGGCGCCCGCGGGGGCUGUUACGGCUACCUGGGCCUGUGCUUUCUGUUGCUAGGAGGGGGCGGCGCGGACCUGUGCCUGGGUCCUGCGUGCGACGGCGGCGGAGGGGACGCCGAGCCUCCGCAGCCCAAAGCCCCGUGCCUGCAGCCGGGGGCAGCCCGCUGCCCGGGGAGAGCCGGCCGGCCGUCGCGCUCCUUCCUGCACAGCGCCUCGGCAGGCCGCAGCCAAGUCCAGGUCAAGCAGCCAGUGCAGCCGGCCCCGGCCCCAGGCUCCUCUUCUGCUUCCUGGGGCCAGCCCCGGGUCGCCGCCGCAGACCCCAAGCCGCAGGCGCUGGAGCGAGUCGCCGCCAGGGGCGCCCUGGAGCCGACGGCCCCGUGCGCCCCGGGAGCCGACUGUGCCGCCGCCGUCGGGGCUCCCAACGCCGGGGCUCCCAACGCCACGGACCCCGGCUCCCGGGACUGCAAGGGCCUAGAGUGCAGGCUGCCCCCGUUGAGGCUGGCGCGCCAGAAACACCGAGCCGGAGGCCGGGCCCCUGCCCUCCAGCAGCAGGGUGAAGGCUGCGCGGGCGCCAGGCCCGGGCUGGGACCGGGAGAGCCCACCCUGCUCCGGGUGACGGAGCGAGCCGCUCAGUUCAUCGGGGAGGUGUCCCCUGAGCUGGCCCACCCUGCCCCUGAGCUGGGGGGCGCAGGCCUUGGCGUGCAGCUCACCUGCGACAUCAGGCCAGGAGAAAAUGAGGUUCCUUCUGAAGAUGCACUUAUCCUACAACUGCAGCUUGCUAAAGGACAAGAAAAAUUUGUUGAGAUGCUAAAAAGCCAGCAGAAAGUAAUUGCUGAUUUGCAGCACAAACUCACUGAGCAACAGAACAUGUUGAUUAGCCAGCAAACAGAAAUCCUAGAACAACAGAAGAAAAUGUAUGAGCAAAUGAAUCUCAUUAAGGCCCAGUACAGCAUGCUUUUUGACACAGUGAAACAGAUGUCGUUCCAGAAUUUGCAGGAAGACAUCCAGCAUUACUUUCAAACUCAUCUUCAAGGACUUCAAAACCAGGUCAGAAAUCAUCUGCAGAAGUCAUACUCUGUGCAUAAGGUUGGAGUUGACGCAAAAAUGAUUGAUGCUGGAGAAACUUCACUGGACUGUGGCCUUUGUGCAAGUGAUGAAUUUUGCAAUUUCCAGAAGACACCCUCUCAGUGUGAAAAAUGCACUCUUUGCCCUGCUGGCUUUUUUCAAAUGGCUGAAUGUUCUGCAAACACUGACCGAAUCUGUCAGGACAGGGAUGAAUGCGUUGAAUCUCCGAAUAUUUGUGGUGAAAGAAUAAAAUGUCUGAACACCCCAGGUGGCUUCCGAUGUCUGGGCAUUGCGGAGAAGGAGGCCUCUCUAGGGUUUUGCGGGGAUGGUUAUUUCUUCAAUAGGGAAGUGCAAGAAUGCCAGGCUUGUCGGGAGUGUGAAGAUGGAAUGGUGGCUCUCCCCUGCUCUGCAAUCAUUGACACCGUUUGCUCCGCAGCCAGUGAAACCCAGCUCACCAAGUCUUGGGCUGCAGAUCUCCAGCUGCCCUCAGCAAAGUCUGCCUCUGUUCAGGUCUAUCCUGGCUUAAAUCUUAAGUUAAAAGGGAAGAUGAAAUUCGAUAUCGCCUUCGUUGAGGACAACAAGCUCGUCUUCAGGCAGCAUGGGUUACUCUGGGUUGACCUCAACUUCGCUGUGAAGCACAACUGUAGGAACUUUCUCCAGCUCUCCCUCAAGUCAAACAGCAGCGAGCAGGGGUCUGAGCUCAGCGGAGUUCGCAUCGAACAGCCAGAAGGAAAGUAUUUCCAGAGCGCGAGCUUAAGUAGUGCUGCCGAAGUGGAGCCAAGCCAGACCCUGGCCGUGUUCUUGAGAAGCCCGAAUCAGUUCUGCAACCAAAGCAAAGAUUUAAAUGUGUAUGACCUCCACAAAGCGCUCAGCUUGUUCUGGUUGUCCCAUGACACGGGGGCGGUGGCCAUGAGUGCACAGAUGUCCACAGCUAUGCAUUACCAGACCAGCUACCGCCCAACAUUUAAAAUUAAUUCUAUUUCUGACCCGUACAUGAUAAGCUUAUCUCACGAUGGAAGAGGGAUAAGGUUCACCGAAGCUGGUGUCAUUAAGUUUGUUUUCCUCCAGGCACUGUACUCCAUGGGUCACACUUGUGUUCGAGAAGGCUUUUCCUUGAUUUCCUACGUCGGCAGGAAUGGUACCAACGUAGAACUGAUGAACACGUUCAAAUCUGGAGUAAAUUACCGAGAUACUUCUCUGUCUGCCUCUGGGGCAACCAGAGUCCAGGCUGGAGAUCAGAUUAACUUUGAGAUUUUCUCGCCAGCCCAGUGUAGUGUUCGCUACUUUGGGGACAGCUUGGGCGUGAGUACAUUUAGCCUCAUCUGGAUCCCAUCUGCAGUUUCUACUGCUCUUUCAGCCACUGUUUCCACUACAGGCCUGCCUACUGGAGCUGUCAGGAACAAAUUUUUGGAUUUCAAACUUAUCACAUCCAAUGAGAAACAGAUACAGCUAGUUUCUUCUGGACAGUUUGCUCAGAGGUAUUUCAUUUUUACAGAGAAGGGAGUUGCCAAUGUUGCUUUUAACCUAAAGUUGAUCCAUUCAUGUAAUGUGAUCAAGGUUACCUUAAAUCAGUUGAUUCAGGAUCAGACACACCCAGCAGCAAUUGCGCAGCAAAUUGGAGGUCAGAUGCCAGAGGGAAGCAUGUGGACCAGUGUGAGCCUCUGUUCUUCUUUUGAAGUUCACAAUGGUACAAUGAUCUCCAUUUCUCUUGACUGUGUUCGGGGAAGGAUCAAUCAGAUUGCUCAUGAACGUGGAACGGGUAUAUCAAUUUUAUGGAUCUCAUCUUAACUUUUUUAGGGGAUAAGAAAAACUGAUGGGUAGCUCUGAAGGUACUCUGUGGAAAUAGUUUGUGAAAAUGCACAUGGUUUUAUAGAAAUAUCCUUAUUUCAAGAUGUUAGAUUAUAUAUACAAAGAGAAGACUUUCUUUAAAAAAAUUACCAACUUGCCUGUUAAUAUUUACUCCCUCUAAGAAAUGGAGUUAUAGACUCUUGGAUUCAAUUUGGGUUCUAGUUUUGACAGCAUAGUCCUAUUAAAUACAGGAUUUGUGUAAAGAUCAUGAGAAAGUUAAAUGAAUAAAAACAAUUUGCCACAGAAAUUCAGUACAUUUCAGUUCAGUUCCAACAACUCUGUACUUGGUUGUGUUCAACCAAGGUGGAACUCAUGUGCGUGUUUGACUAUGGCAGAUAACUUAAGACUUAAGGUUGGCAUUGUCAAGUUAAAAAACUCUUGCUAAAAUUUCAAACUUAAUGUAAGUAUGAAGUUCAAUUUAUAAAUACAAACCUUAAGGAAAGCAUAUUAAUUAUACUGACUUUUAUUUAUUUUAAUCACUAUUUAUUUCUUUUGAUAUUGUUUUUUUUUAAACCUAUUUUGGAGGUUUUGUUUCUCUUUUAUUUGUUUAUUAACUUCACUCUUAUUAUGAAUUCUUGCACUUUGUCAUGUCAUGCAUUGAUUUCCCUUUGUGAAUUCUCUUUUUGGAAACUUAAAAAUAGAGGUGACCCCUACUUUGUGUGUUUACUGAUUAUUAUGGCCCUAAGGAUUGAAUUUUUUAAAAAAAAUUGUGUUAUGAAUCACUUAUGGGAUUAGUACAAGGGAGAAAGUGCCCUUGCCGUGUGCUGACCAGAUUAUCAGCAGUAAAGGUAGAGGUUUUUGUUGAGAUUGCUCCUUGAGAGCAGGGUUUGUCUUUUAUCUUUGUUUGUAUCUCUAGCACUUAGCACAACUUGCAUAUUAAGCACUUAAUAAAUGUUUACUGAGUACUUAUUUGUGAGCAUUCAGAUUUUCAUCCAAAGGUCCAUUUCCAUCCUUGCUGUGGAGUGUUGGGUGGUAGCUGUGUUGAGAACAAGCUUUGUGAUUAGCUGUUAUGGGGAGGCUAGGAUGGAGCUCAUCUUCCCAUCUUCUGGUUGGCUGAUCAUAUACUUCUUGGGGUCAAACCAUGACCCUCCACUAGAGCAGUGAACUAGAGUGGGUAGAAUGCCAACCUUAAAGUUAGGAGCACCUAAUGCACACUGCCUUUGUGAUCUUGGCCACUUACAAGACCUAAGUUAACCAAUGAAAGAAGAGAAAGUUCCCAUACCUUGUUUGCACUCAAGCAAGCCCUACUUCUACAAGUAUACCAGGAUCUUCAAUAUCAAUAGAGAGUUCAAAUUUGUCACUAGUUCCUGUUCUGUCUGGCCAAAUUCUGCUCACCGUCCAUUGAUACACCAAGUAACAGUGUUGGGGAAGUGAGCCAAUAUAUCUUUGCCUAGAAUAUAGACUUCCAGAUUUAUCUGAAGGAUGUAGAAACUCUGUGUCCUCCUUUUGAUAUAGUUUUAAGAUCCAGACUUGUUAGAAAUGAUCUAUCUCAUUGCCUGAGUGGAUUUCACCUUUAAAUUUGUCAGUAGGACAGCAUCACCAAAAACAUUGACAGUACUGGAUCAUAGAUUCAGAGUUAGGAGGGAUCUUGGAGGUCAUUAAGUCCAAUGUCUUCAUUUGACAAUGAAGACACUGAGGCGCAAAGGGAAUAAGUGACUUAUCUAAGGUCAUACAGCAAAAAGUAGCUUGGGGAGGUCCUCAUACUCCAGAUUCAGCAUUCUUUCCAGUGCCCUGAACUGUAUUGUCUCUCCCCAGCUCCACAUGAAGAGAUCAGCUAUAUGUAUAUGUAUAUGUAUACUUUUUUUUUCAUGGAUAAUGCUUUUCAUGGUUGGCGUAUUAGAGGAUUAACUUGUGAAAAGAUAGUCACCAUGACAUAUUUGGAUGAUCAAUAAAGGA